AGCCCCGGCCGGGCGCGAGUAGGAGGAGGAGCUGCAGCGGCCGCGGCCACUCCGGCAGGUCCGCGGUACUGCCGGAACCCGCCGACGGCGCGGGCUGCUGGUCCCCGCGCGGAGGAGGCGCCGGCGGCCCCGGGACCAUGGAGCCUGGUGACGCGAGGCGCCCCGGCUUCGGUCGGGCUGCCAGGGCGCCGCCGCGGCGACUACUGCUGCCGCCGUUGCUGCUGUCGCUGCUGCUGGGUCGGGGGCUACGAGUAGCGGCCGCGGCCUCGGCCUCCUCUGGGGCGGCGGCCGAGGACAGCAGCGCCAUGGAGGAGCUCGCCACUGAGAAGGAGGCGGAGGAGAGCCACCGGCAAGACAGCGUGAGCCUGCUCACCUUCAUCCUGCUGCUCACGCUCACCAUCCUCACCAUCUGGCUCUUCAAGCACCGCCGGGUGCGCUUUCUGCACGAGACCGGGCUGGCCAUGAUCUAUGGGCUCAUUGUUGGGGUGAUCCUGAGGUAUGGUACCCCUGCUACCAGUGGCCGUGACAAAUCUCUCAGCUGCACUCAGGAAGACAGGGCCUUCAGCACUUUAUUAGUGAAUGUCAGCGGAAAGUUCUUCGAAUACACUCUGAAAGGAGAAAUCAGCCCUGGCAAGAUCAACAGCGUAGAGCAAAAUGACAUGCUACGGAAGGUAACAUUUGAUCCAGAGGUAUUUUUCAACAUUCUUCUGCCUCCAAUUAUUUUCCAUGCUGGAUACAGCUUAAAGAAGAGACACUUUUUCAGAAAUCUUGGGUCUAUUCUGGCCUAUGCCUUCUUGGGGACUGCUGUUUCGUGCUUCAUUAUUGGCAAUCUCAUGUAUGGUGUGGUGAAGCUCAUGAAGAUUAUGGGACAGCUCUCAGAUAAAUUUUACUACACAGAUUGUCUCUUUUUUGGAGCAAUCAUCUCUGCCACUGACCCAGUGACUGUGCUGGCCAUAUUUAAUGAAUUGCAUGCAGACGUGGAUCUUUACGCACUUCUGUUUGGAGAGAGCGUCCUAAAUGAUGCUGUUGCUAUUGUACUGUCAUCGUCUAUUGUUGCCUACCAGCCAGCGGGACUGAACACUCACGCCUUUGAUGCUGCUGCCUUUUUUAAGUCAGUUGGCAUUUUUCUAGGUAUAUUUAGUGGCUCUUUUACCAUGGGAGCUGUGACUGGUGUUGUGACUGCUCUAGUGACCAAGUUCACCAAACUGCACUGCUUCCCCCUGCUGGAGACAGCACUCUUCUUCCUCAUGUCCUGGAGCACAUUUCUCUUGGCAGAAGCCUGCGGAUUUACAGGUGUUGUAGCUGUCCUUUUCUGUGGAAUCACACAAGCUCAUUACACCUACAACAAUCUGUCGGUGGAAUCAAGAAGUCGAACCAAGCAGCUCUUUGAGGUGUUACAUUUCCUGGCAGAGAACUUUAUCUUCUCCUACAUGGGCCUCGCGUUGUUUACCUUCCAGAAACACGUUUUCAGCCCCGUUUUCAUCAUUGGAGCUUUUGUUGCCAUCUUCCUGGGCAGAGCCGCACACAUCUACCCGCUCUCCUUUUUCCUCAACUUGGGCAGAAGGCAUAAGAUUGGCUGGAAUUUUCAACACAUGAUGAUGUUUUCAGGCCUCCGGGGAGCAAUGGCAUUUGCGUUGGCCAUCCGUGACACGGCAUCCUAUGCUCGCCAGAUGAUGUUCACGACCACCCUUCUCAUCGUGUUCUUCACUGUCUGGAUCAUUGGAGGAGGCACGACACCCAUGUUGUCAUGGCUUAACAUCAGAGUUGGCGUCGAGGAGCCCUCCGAAGAGGACCAGAACGAACACCACUGGCAGUACUUCAGAGUUGGUGUUGACCCCGAUCAAGACCCACCACCCAGCAAUGACAGCUUUCAAGUCUUACAAGGGGAUGGCCCAGAUUCUGCCAGAGGAAAUCGGACAAAACAGGAGAGCGCAUGGAUAUUCAGGCUGUGGUACAGCUUUGAUCACAAUUACCUGAAGCCCAUCCUCACGCACAGCGGCCCCCCGCUAACCACCACUCUCCCUGCCUGGUGUGGCUUGCUAGCUCGAUGUUUGACCAGUCCCCAGGUGUAUGAUAACCAAGAGCCACUGAGAGAGGAAGAUUCCGAUUUCAUCCUGACUGAAGGCGACCUCACAUUGACCUACGGGGACAGCACAGUGACUGCAAAUGGUUCCUCAGGCUCACACACUGGCUCCACAAGUCUGGAGGGUAGCCGGAGAACGAAGAGCAGCUCAGAGGAAGUGCUGGAGCGAGACCUGGGAAUGGGAGACCAGAAGGUUUCGAGCCGGGGCACCCGCCUCGUGUUUCCUCUGGAAGAUAAUGCUUGACUUUCCCCCUAAACCCUGGCGCAAUGGGGUAGGCUCCCAAUGGGGUGAGGACGGCUGCAAGCCCUAGUGUUGUUUGAGGUGGGGCAGUGACUAGAUUGAACUAACUCUUCUAUUUUAUUGGAGUCUGAAGCUAUCAUAACACUUAAAAUUUAACUCACGAUGCAGAUGGUGAGGCAAAAGUCUCUAAAUUCAGACAAACGUAGACCUAUUCCCACUUUUUUCACAUAGUAGUACGCUGUUUCAGAGUUAAACAAA